AUGUCGGCAAAUCGCCAACUCCUCCAAACGCUCUCGGCGCGUUCCUACCACCCCACCUUAAACCAUCAUAGUGCAACUAACGACAACGAACAUAUUCCCGAUCUAUCUCCCGAUCACGAUCUAUCCAACAUGGCACCGAUGGCUGCUUCUGAUCGAGUCCGAAAACGCGGGAGGCCGAGAUUACCUCCGAGCAACACUGCUCCAUCUCAAGACCGCCGUAUGCAAAUCCGCUCAGCGCAGCGCACAUACCGACUCAAAAAAGAAGCCAUGUUCCGCGAUAUGAGCUCGCGCGUCGUCGAGCUCGAGUCAUCCAUGCGGAGGAUUUCCGACUCUCUUUCUGGCUUUUGUCAAAUGGCUGUCGAGUCGGAUUUGCAUGUUACGCAUCCUGGGCUGUUUAAAGAGCUGCAUUUGAUUACUGGGCAGUUGCAGAGUGAGACUGGGAAUAUUGAAGAGCCGUCGAGGGGCUCGACCGAGUCGAAUGAGAGGGAUUUGGAUUCUCCUGUUUCUCGUUCUAUUGCAGAUCCUGAUGCUGCGAUAUUCGGAUAUCAUCCGGAGCAGGUAGUUAUGGAGGCUGAUUCUCAUGCUGAUGUUGACGAUGAUAUCGACCUCGCAAACAAAUAUUCCCUCAACACCCCCCUCCCAGGAACAACAGUCUACACAUACAGCUUCCACGAACCCGACUUCUCCCGCCGUCUCCAGCGAUACUGCGUCGAGCACGCAUACCGUCUCUUCACCAACACCAGCACCAACCCUCAGCUCAUUUAUCGUGUCUUCCGUCUCGUCCCGUGCAUCCGCGACAAGACCAAAAUGGAGCCAUACUUCCGCCGUCUCGUGCGUGCUGGAAAGGCGGAGCGACUCGAGGUUUCUACCCUUCCCUUCUACUGCAUCGGCGGUGCGGCGACGCAUUAUCCCCGUGCGGAUGGGGAUGGAAAGGCUGUUUAUCCGCAGAAUAUGCGCUAUCCGAAUCGGAUUCUGGGGAUUUCGUCUGCGGACGAGUGUAAGAAGUCGGUGGAUAUUCAGGCGCGAUUGGAAAUGCUUCAGUUGCAUGGUGAGUGGUUUGAUUGUCAUGAUGUCCAGGGCUAUCUGGAAGAGAGGGGAGUGAGUCUGGAUGGGCAUUCAUCGUUGUUUCCGGGGAUCAGCAAUGGGGGGAUUCUGGAUGUGCAGUGCUUUUUUGACUUGCUGGUCCGUGGAAUGGUCAUCCUGGGUCGAGCACCGGGUUUUCGACGAUCUGAUGUCGAUGCUGCUUUUAACAGUGCUUUACGAUGGCAUCGUCAGGAUUAA